CGUCAGGUUUAUAUCCUGGCAUGCCGGGUAUAUCGUAAUUCUUUAGAUGUGGGGUAUUCUAUUAUACAGUAUAUAUCAUGAUGGUACACUAUUUAUCCACGUCCAUGGGAUCGCCAGCUGCAACCGGUGCUGCGACAGGAGCAGGAGCAGGAGCUGCGCCAUUCGUACUUGGGACAUUUGGUUUGUCAUUUUCUUUCUCUUUCCCCUUCUCCUUCUCUUUUUCCGCCUCCUGGACACCAUCAUUCUUAGCAUUGCUGUCACUGGGUGCAGUCUUGGGCUUUUCUCGUGGCUUUGUGGGAUCCAGGAAGCGCUCCGGAACACCACGCGCAGCAACACCAAGUGGGCCUACGUAGCACCCCAGCAUGGAGCUCCAGACAUGCUUCUGAGCCACAGCACGUCGGAUCUCGCGGUAAGCAUAGGAAUUUGCAUAAGGUAAUCCGGUUUCGGGGUCUUUAUAUCGAGCUGGUAGUGAGGUGAUGACGCAGAGGUGGGACGAUAUUUCUGUUUAGAUAGAAUUAUGGUUAGCUUAUUUAUUUCAUGAGGUGGGAUGGGGUAGGAAGCCGUACUUGUCAGUCUAGGUGGUUUCUUU